AUGAAUACAGAAUACGAGACUGACAUGAAAACAGUACGUGGAGAAGGUGAAAAUGUUGGUUAUGUUUAUACGAGUGCUAAAGGUUAUUUACGAGAUAAACCAAAAUUUCAACGUACUCGUCGAGAAUACGCUUAUUUUCCGUACUACGAAUGCAUCAAUAAAGAUGCAGCAAUUUGGUUACAACAAAUUAAAGCAGGCUUAGCUACCUCUACUUUAUGUUACGCUGCAGAUUCAGGAAUUUCAUUUUGGAUGAAUCAAUUGAGCCAAUAUUUAAAUCGGUUUUAUUUCCGAUUUUCUAAAGAAGAUCAUAUAAAGUUCAUUGAAUUCACGUAUAAUCUUAUACUGGAACCAGAUUACGAUCGACGACUUAUUUACAAAGCUUGUACACUGCUCAAAGCACUGAUUAAUGACGAAAUGAUUAAGCGAAGUGAUUUAACUUUGCCUUGGCGUCCACUGUAUGAUUUGUACAUUGAAGUGUUUUAUAAACGAAAUGAUAAGCAUAUUGAUAAGUCCGGUUUACGAUAUGCUGUUCUAGCUGCUAAAGAAAUGUUUCCAUUAUCAGCAACAAAAGAAAUUCUGGACGAAAUUCGACCAUUUAUCGAUGUUUGGAACAAUUAUGCUAUGGAAAAAUUUGUUACUUUAUUCUCAGUUUUUAUACCGUUAAAAAUGACAAGUGAAGAGCAUGCCAAAUAUGGUGCUGGGCUUUGGUUUGAUGAAAUGUGGCAUUUUUACAACUUUGUUGAAAUGAAUAGUUCUUGGGAAAGUCGCAUACAAAACGUUUUCUCAGCGUACAUGUUAUCAUUUUUUAAUAUGGAGCAUAACUGUCAUAAUAAUUCACAACUUUUGUAA